GAGCACUUCUUCGAGAGUUUCUAAGUGCGCUUUCCGUUGUAGAAAGGCACGCACCUGAACAUGUGAUGCGGUAAAUUGCAUUUAUUGCGCUGCUUAGAACAGUUGCAUGCUUUUACUUACCGCACGCAACACCUAUUAGACAGGAUGAUCCUACAUCAACUAGUGUCCGUGCUGAGAAGGCCACUAAGGCCCAGCAAUCGCAAGCGAUCUGAUAUAGUCACGAUGAAGACCCUUGCCGCCAACAUCGCUACCCGUCAGCUUUUCAAAGAAAGUAGACUCUGUGUUCGCGAUUUCGCUGGUGAGAGGUUUGAGUGCAAUAUAGUCGGUGAGUUCUGGAAGCGCUUAGCUGCUGAAGUGAAUGAACGGCUUGUGCUGCUUGGCGAAAUUUUAGCGAAGCAGUGCAACUUCUACGUCGCUCACCGCAUGCGGCGAGCUAAUCAGAUAUGGAACCUAUACAGCCGGCUGUACACGGAGAAGACAAUUAAAACGCUAGUAUCCAAGUUCCUCGACAGGCUUCGAAGCAGGUCGCAGAAGCCCAUUGCCUUCCUUCUAAGUGCAGCUUUGUUCAAGUGGGAACACGAGCGGAUCACAGACAACGAGGUGAAGGGGUGCAUAGACGAGUUUGAGAUCCUUUCUCAGAAGUGUGGCAAUACAAAUGGCAACUGCAGCGAGCCAAGCUUGCAACCGGACAUAUUUAAAGCACAUUUGGCUGAAGAAGGCUGGGAACCUGUUGUUGAAAAUAGCAAGAUGUUCCUCUGGAGACGUUGGAUGCCAGAAACGUCCGGCUAUGAGUAUAAAGUGUUUGGGACGUUCAAUGACAUCCCGGCCCGGGCAUUCUUCAGUGUUCAGACAGACACCGAGUACCGCAAGCGAUGGGAUAAACUUGUAAUCAAGCUGGACAUCAUCGACCGAGAAUCAAGAGGUGGUUGCGAAGUAGUUCACUGGGUCAUGCAGUACCCUUUUCCCAUGUACAAGCGGGACUACGUGUACAUAAGAAGAGCAUUCGUUGAUGAUCAGCGCAACGUUAUGGUGCUCAUGUCGCGGUCAACGGAUCACCCAGCUUGCCCCCCUAUCAAUGAGUGCGUCCGAGUGACCAAGUACACGUCACACAUGGUCAUCAGGCCUCACAGAAGCAUAGAUGAAGAUGGUUUUGACUUUUUGCUGUCGUACUACGAUGACCCACGGUCCUCGUUUCCGGGGCCGAUCUACAGCUGGAUGGCAGCCUCGGGUGUGCCAGACUUCAUUGAGAAGCUGCACUGCGCAGCCAAGGACUUGCACCUCAAGAGCACAAAGACACCACAGCCAAACCUGAGUGGCCAGAACUCAUCAGUUCAGUGUGCCUAUGCUUGAGGAGGCCGUCUCCAUCAGAGGCUGGCCUCUCGUCUCGGUGGCGUGCACUUCAUUCAGUGCUGCUUGCAGUUUGUCAAUUUGAGAUAUCCAUAUCUUCACUGGUGGGCUGAGCAGUAUGAAAUUGCAAGUAAUAUUCUUGCUGUUAGGGCAUGGGCACAGCCAAAAUUUUGUGAAACACACAGUGGAUUUGGCUGGCUCAGCUGUUAUAAUAAUGCAGUUCGUUUUGUGUUUUUUAGCCAGUAAUGUACAUUAGUAGGCCGGUGUGAUUUGAAAAGUGUACAUGUGGAUUUCAUUGGCUGUUUGAAAGUAUGCUUUGCUGAGAAGAAACUGAAUUAGUCGUUACAGUGUGAUAUUGUAUGAACAUUUAGCAUUGGUGCAGGAGCCAGAUUUAAGCUACCAUAGACAGUUUCUUCUUGCUGUGGUUCUUGGUCUGCAAAAGACUGGUUCUCAUCUAGGUAUGAUGUGACUUCGACGGCGUAGACCUGUGAACUAAAUUAGACGUGAUGUGAUACCUUAGGAACUAAUAUGCUGGUUCAGGAAUGAAUUUUAGACUACCAAUAGGCAGUAUAUUCGUGGCUGAGCUUUCUGGGCCAGCAGAAUUUUUUUUUUUUUUUUCAUCUAGUUAAGAUGCGACUUCGUCAUGGACCUGUGAACCAGCCAAGACAUACUGCCGCAUAACCAUAGCCAUUUGGUGAUGAGGCACCUCUGUGAAAGCUGUCCUCAACUUAGCAAUGCGCAAUAAUUUUACAAUUGCAGCAGUUGUUCCACUAAUGGAAAAGGAGUAUAGCCUUCACAUUUUGUAGAUGUUUCGCACACUUGAAGGUUUGCUUCAUGCAGGGGGUUGUUCUACUUUGUUUUCCCCAAACUGUGUUUUUCUCUCUUCACCCCUUUCAUUGUGUAGUUGCAUAUAAACAGCACCAGUACCACGGUAUCUAAAAUGCCUGCAGUACUAAAAGCUGUUUUGUGAAAACUUCAUGUUCUGCAUUUGACUUAAGCUCAUAUAGAUGUGUUCAUGAAUAGCCAUUACAAGCCACGGAAGUCAGCUAGAAUUAGCAAGGCACUAUGACACACAAACUGUGCAUUAGUUGUCGGUGGGGAACAAAUAUUUCUUGCCAUUUUGUAGAUAGUUACCCCAACCAACUUAAGGAGAUAAGGACAGUGAGGGAGACCGAAUGGGUCUAGAACGUUAGCUGAAACUUUUCCCGAGAAGAUUAAGGGACCUUUUACUUCCUCUGUAGUUGAUGCAAAACGAACAUGAAGGGACUGAAGAAGUCUGUUCGCUGUAUUUAAUGUUUUGAAUAUAAGCGCACUAGAUCCAUCGCAUAGUAGAACAAAAGUCUUCAAACUACUCAGUUCAUCAUAGGGCUUGUUUAAGGAUAGUGUGUUGUGUCUCAUUAGCUUUUGUUCAUACAUUGUUUAUUUGGAAAUCCUGUUCUCUGAAGAGCAGCAGCAUAGGUGUAUGCUGUCAGUUUCUGCAGGCAGCAAUCAGAAAAUAUUUUUUUUCUUAUCAUUGACUUGUGUAUAUUGGACAUAAGUAUGUCUUACAUCGAUGCUGUUUAAACAUAUAAGAGCAUAUUGGCUAUGCUGAAACAUAACCAUAAGCCUGAACUAGUGCCAAUAGCCUGUUGAUUAUAUUAGUGAACAUUGCAGUUUUAGUGCAAAUGCAGAAAAUGUUAAAUUGUAAGUAAGCUUAUCAAUUGCUCCUACCACUCAGUUCAGUCAUAUCAACCAGAACAGACAGACCCCUUCUUAAGAUUUUCAAUUAUGUUUGGAAUAUGUAUUGUGUUGGUUGUGGCCUAGCUCGUCUUGUUCCACCAUGGAUUUCAUGUUUCGGAAGGACAGUGAGGGGGUCCAGUAACUUUUAGCAACUGCACCACAGCAACGGGUCAACAGUUGCUUGUGUCAUUUAGUGUUGCGCCAAACCAUCAUGUUCAGAAGUGAAAGGUUCUUGUUCUAACCAUGUGUUCAGUAAAUUUUUUCUUUGAAAGCAAUGUUAUUAAAAUUUUGUCUCUUCCCACCUUUUAGGUCAAAAGCCCCGUAAUUCCCUCUUAAAAUGCAUAAUAGAACCACUACUGUGAGCACCCUGGCGUUGGCAAAAUAAUGAGAGCACAAAAGGUGCACUUUAAUGUGAUAAAUCAUACGUUAUGUGUGGUGCAGUGACAUGAGCCUACCUAUGGCAAGACUGUCGCUUCGACAUUAUGUGCUCUGUAUCAAUUAAUGGGUCGCAUUGCCUAUUACAAAAGUGUAGUUGUGGGUCCCUUCACAGUAGUGAGUACCUAAAGUUUUAGUCCUGGCAUGAUCUUGGCUAGUUAUUUAAUCAAAAACAUAAACCCACCAGUACAAUCCAUGAUGUGGAGAUUCAUCUCUGAUUUCUGAAAUGAGUUACAACAGUGUGUGCUGCUUAUUAUGGCCCCAUUUUUGUGAGGCAUUGCUUUUGUAUGGAAUGUUAGUUGUUAAUGGAAUCUAGUUGUAUAGGAAGUUAGGUGCUAGUCAUGUUGGUGUUUGUUUCAUUAUACAAGUUUUCAGGGGAAGUUACUGCGAUGUCCUGUGCUGCUAUGUUCUUUUGAUUUUUCUUUGGCAGUAGUAUAUGUUGGCUGUUACCCUGUAAUAUAGUACUGCAUCAAAAAGGCGGCAUCUUUUAGCUUUGUUACUGUAGUCAUUCACUUCACUGGGGUAUGGCUUGCUCUUGUGUACUCUCCUUUAGUGGUAAAGUUUGGAGUAUACCGCAGUUUUCUGGCACAUCAUUCCUUGUCAUGUUUUAGCCUUAAUUUUGCUGCCAUGAUUUCUUGCAAUGUGGUGCUGUUGCAGUUUUUCCAGGGUGAAAGAUUAUUGUGGAGGCAAUAUUUUGUCUUGGUUUAUCCUCGGGAUUUCAUAUUUGUGUGUGCUCGGCUAACCAGCUUGUACACUUACAAACCAUCUGUGGCUUUUUGUGGCUGUCGGGCCUGUCAUAGCAUGUGGGGUUUAUUGCUCUUCUGCUUUAGCAUACAGGUUUUGAGGUAGAAAUUUUUAUUGCUUCCUAGCUCAUUUUCUUGCCUAUAAUUUGUGCAGUAAUAUUUGCUUUUUUUUUGUAGCACCGAUUGUUUGGCAAACUUUCAGUUAAUAUUUGGUCAGUAAUGCCAGUAAAGCGUGAUGUGUUGUAGUGAUGGAGGGUUAUAAAUCAUGCUCAUUAUUUUUUGUGCCACUUUAUUUUCCUCACCCACCCGUUUCUCUUAUUUUCUAUAUACUAACAUGUGAUGCACAUAUAAUUGAAUCGUACUACAAUCACCUUCUGUUUUAAUUCUGCUUUUUACCAUGGCAAACAUGCAAAACAUAUUAAACAUGUAUUGAAGGAGCCUUACGACAUUGGCACAGCAUCCCAAGAAUUGAGAAAUGUAGGAUAAAUUUCGUAUCAUAACUGACACGUGCUUGUGGCACUUGCUGCCUGGAACCAACUCUACUGCAUGUGUAGCAUGGCACAAUGUGCAGAGAACGUGGCAGUUUAUCAUUUGAUAUAAUCGUGUCCCAGAAUUAGAAUUUUUUGUGACAAACAUCAAGUUUAAACAAUGCUGCUUCUGCUUUGCUAGGUGUGAAUGAGUCAUGGCACCUCAUAUAAAUAUAAUAUGCAGUAGUGCCUCGCAGAACGAACUUAAGUUUUCCUGUUGGGGAGUGUUCUCUGGUAAAAGUUCAUUCUGCGGGAGACGUUCUUUUCAUUGUUUCCUGUGUAAAACCCAUUUGUUCCCGGAGCUUGGUUAAUGGUGCAAAAAACCCCGAAGUUGUUACAGCAAAUUAAAAUAUUGUCGGUGCAUUCCCAAGGAUGAAGACAAGGUGGGGGAAAGGUGACCGUUUACACUGACCAAGCAUCUCCACAUAAGUCGCACUUAUAUGAGGUGGAAGGCACUGCUGUAAAAACAUCCACAUGUCUCUGUCAUCGCAUUUUUUUUAACCCAGUCUGUAGAAACUGAUACAAAGUCACCUACACAUCUGUGAACACAAAACAAAAGUGGCAGGAGGACCUGGCAUGACAAGGAAAAUUUGUGGUUUAUGAACAGGGAGAACAUGGGUGUUUCUGCAUGCUGACUUGGUUACCUUGCUCAGAAGAGCUGUGUUCACUUUGCAAAAUGUUUGCCAAGUAAGGGAUUCACCGAGUGAGUCACCACUAUUCUAUUCAGCUAUUCAUACGCUUGCGUCGCAAGUUUACCGAGUAUGAUGCAUGGCAUUACUGCUUUUGAUUUUUAUUGCUGGCCAUGUCCAUACAACCUCCUUGGAAGCUCUGGUAUUUCUAGGCUUACAGGGAAGGAAAAGCUGAAUAUGUUGGCCCUGAAUAAAUGGCUUGUACUGUAUACUGAUAAGCUAGGAAGUCUGGAAAGUCAGAGUGAGAGCUUUUUUUUUUCCACAAAUGCUGGUCUCUUGAUUUCUUUUAUAUGAUUUUGAUCAGCCUUCAUUCACUCUAAACAUGCUGUGUUUUCCCAGUUAGCAAUUGCUGUUCUGAUUAGCACUUGCAAAAAAAAACGAAAAAAAUUGCUUCAUGGGCAUUGGACUGUGCGUGGGCGUUAAGAUGUAUAUUGCAUAUAUUGUCUGUAAACACAAAUGACUUUUGCACACUUCAAUAUUGCCAUACUUAAAAUGUUGCAUGUGGGGUGUGGUUGUGGUAAACUACAUCCACGGCACAAGCUUUAAUUAAAAGGCUUGUCAAGCAUUGUUGCUUUUCUUUCUGUUAAAUGUGUCACUGUAAGCACGAUUAACAAAAAAAUGCUAGUGAUACGAAUAAAAUGUAUGGAAGUAGGAAACCUUAUUGUACCUCAGAGUUGUUGCAGUAUCGUGAUGGGGAUGAAUAAACUGUUUUAUUCUCA